AUGGACAACUUUACCUCUAGGAGCACAUUUUUUCUUAUGGGAUUCAGUGAUAUUCGGGAGAUCCAGAUCUUUCAUGCUGUGCUCUUUUUGCUAAUUUACCUGGCAGCCCUGCUUGGGAAUCUUCUUAUCAUCACACUUACCACCAAGGAUCAUUGCCUCCACACGCCAAUGUACUUCUUCCUGAAGAACUUAUCCUUUCUGGAUGUUGGCCUCAUUUCCAUCCCUGUCCCCAAAUCCAUCAUGAACUCUCUGACUAAUGACAACACCAUUUCAUUCCUUGGAUGUGUUUCACAGGUAUUUUUCUUUUUCCUCUUAGCCACUACAGAAGUAGUGCUACUCACAGUCAUGUCCUAUGACCGCUAUAUUGCCAUCUGCCACCCACUCAGGUAUGACAUUAUCAUGAGCCAUGGAGCCUGUGUGCAGAUGGUUGCCUUUUCAUGGCUCAGUGGAAGUCUCAAUGCAAUUCUGCACACAGCUUUUACCUUUUCCACACCCAUGUGUGGAUCUCCUGAAGUUCAUCAGUUCUUCUGUGAUGUCCCACAACUGCUCUCUCUGGCUUGUUCAUUUAACACUGGGGAAUUAGUAGUCAUUGGGCUCAGCCUAGUGCUAGAUUUUGGCUGUUUUGUGUUUAUUGAUAUAUCUUACAUUCACAUCUUCUCCACUGUGCGAAGGAUACCCUCCAGACAAGGCAGAUCCAAAGCUUUCUCCACAUGCUUGCCACACCUCCUUGUUGUGACUUUGUUUCUCUCUUCUGGGUAUUUUGCCUACUUACGCCCAUUACCCAAAUCUCCAUCACUUUUGGAUUUGUUAAUUUCGGUAUUCUAUACUAUGGUGCCACCCACCAUGAACCCCCUCAUCUACAGCCUGAGAAAUAAGGAUAUGAAGAUGGCACUAAGGAAACUGAAAAUAACUGGAUAUUUUCAAUCAAAUUAG